AUGAAGAGCUCACAGCUAUUUAGAAAACCGAAAAUGAUUGAGCCAGAGGUGCUGACUGAGGUCCCUGCAGAGCUGAAGCGCCUGGCCAAGCAGGUGGUACGGGGCUUCUAUGGUGUUGAACACGGCUUAGCCUUGGAUGUACUGAUCCGAAACCCAUGUGUGCGAGAGGAGGACAUGCUGGAGCUGCUGAAGUUCGAUCGCAAACAACUGCGCUCUGUUCUCAACACCCUGAAGGCAGAUAAGUUUGUCAAGUGCCGCAUGAGAGUGGAAACUGCCCCGGAUGGGAAGACAACUCGACAUAACUACUACUUUAUAAACUACAGUCUGGACCAGUGCAAAAACAUGAACACUGUUCUGCAGCAACAUUUCAGAGUUCUGGUGAAUGUGGUGAAGUACAAGCUCGACCACAUGCGGCGGCGAAUUGAGACGGAUGAACGCGACUCGACGAACAGAGCGUCUUUCCGCUGCCCCUGCUGCUUCUCCACCUUCACCGACCUCGAGGCCAACCAGCUCUUUGACCCUAUGUCAGAUACUUUCCGCUGUACGUUCUGCCAGACGGAGGUAGAGGAGGACGCGUCGGUGUGCCCAGACGCCAGGACGCCCGUGGCCCGCUUCAACGAGCAGAUCGAGCCCAUCUACGCUUUGCUGCGAGAGACUGAGGACAUCAACCUGUCUCAUGAUUUACUGGAGCCAGAGCCGACGGAGAUCCCAGCGCUCAAACAGAGUCGCGAAAGAGCCGCCGCUGCAGGAAACGCAGGCCCACACCGCGAGGCCUGGGCGUCCAAAGGCUCGUCCUACGCAGACUUGUACUCUCAGAACGUGGAGAUCAGUAUGGACAAGCCGGACGAGCAGCGCCAGGCCAACGAGGGCAAGGCCCCCAAAGAAAGACCCAUCUGGCUCACACAGAGCACAGUGCAGGGGGCCGACGCCGAGCCAGACCUCAUCAAGAGCCGUGCAGAGGCCGCUCCGGGAUCUCAGGACGCCGCCGCCACAGAACAGACCAACGAGAACGAAGAGGUCAUGCGCGCCCUCCUCAUCCACGAGAAGCGGAACGUGGCCGGGGCCGCGUCCACCGCCACCACCACCUCUGCCGCCGCCGCCACCAGGGGGCUCACCUCAGCUACCGCCAACGCCAGCGACUCCGAGAGCGACACGAGCGAAUCGGACGACGACGCUCCCAAAGCCCCAAAAGCCCCGCCCGCCGCGCCCCAGCACCACAUGUCGGAGGAUGACGACGAUGACUUCGAGGAGGUGGGAGAGGAGCACACGGUGAUGGUCGGGGGGCGGCCACAUUCCUACAGCGAAGUGAGCCAGCGGCCAGAGCUGGUGGAGCAGAUGUCGGCGCAGGAGAAGGAGGCCUAUAUUGAAAUGGGUCAAAACCUGUUCCAGGACAUGUACUACUGA